AUGAAAAAUACACCCAGUGACAAAAAUAUAAUGUAUAGCAAAAGAAAAAGAACAGCAAGCGUUGAAGCGUAUCCAUCUGGUCGAGCGCACUCAUUUACGGACAGACUCCCAAGAAAUAAAAAGCGCGUUAUUUCCUCAAUUACAAAGACAGUUAUGAGAUCAGACAAGUACAAAUACCGCAGUAAAGCGUCCGGUACUUUCAAUUAUGAGUUACGUUUACGUGAAGCUUUAAAAGACGACCCAAAUUCAGACAAAUUACUAAGUUUAAAAAGAAAAUGGGAGAAUGAUGAAUAUAUGUACUACUGGGAUACUUAUGUGGAUGAGAAAAAGAACCGAAAAGUUGAUAAAAAAGUCAAGAAAAUAAAACGUCAAGCACACUCCGACUUUCAUGGUCAUUUAGAUAAUAGACUUAAAGCUAACAUUUCGAAGAAGAGUCCAACCGGUGGAAAUCAAACCAACAAUAUACUGGUGCCUCAAUUGACGGAAUUUACUGAUAUUCUUCAUAAGACCGGAGAAGAUCAGACGCAAGUUCAGGUUAAUAAUGAUGAUGCAGGUUUUUUUGAUGACUUGGAUGAAGGUAACGAAAGAAAUGACGAAAUUGAGGAUAUUGCCGAUAACGUUUUAAGUUCGUUUGUAUAUGAGGAUAAAUCAAGUGUACUGAAAAAUUUGGAGAAUCGUUUGGCUACUACAUACAAGGUUGUUUCCCACUUCGAUAGACAAUUUCCGUAUACGAAAGAACUCUACAAUACAUUCCCCGAUCAAAUGAGAACAUUGGAGAAUGAAUGGGAAAAGGUUGAAGCCAAUAUCCAAAAAACAACCGAAGAAAGAUGGAAUGUAUCUAAAAUGAAAGAACUUAAGCUUAUUACGGAGUUCAGUAAACCUCCCUAUGAUGAUUUUUCUUAUAAACGUGACGAUGAAUUGAUUUGGUGUCAGAGAAUAUUUAUUGAUUUGACUCGACAAUUUCUACGUAAUAGAGGUGCUCUAUUUGAUAAAGAAGCCUCUGAGCUUCGCUAUCGCUCGGAAAUUGUGAAUCCCCUGCUUGCGGGGGCAUUUGAAAUGAUUGAACGUUCUAUAUGGCUUGAAACCGGAGAAAUUGAGAACGAAAUACAAAAAAAAUAUCAAGUCGGGUUUCUUGAGGUCGUAGGCAAUGCCUUUAACAAUGACAUAACUGAUAGGAAUAUUGACUUAGAAAAAUUAUAUAAAGCAAUGUCAUUAUCAUUGUGGAAUCAACGUGCACAUCUCGAUAAUGAAACUUCGCAACAACUAUCAACUCUUGCUGUAUUAGUCCAUGGUAAAUGUGAACAC